AUGGGUUGUUAAGCCAUGAAACAGAAAAAUCAGGAUGUUCAGAAAGGGAAUUUGGAAAUAAUACUCAAAUAGCAAAUUUAUGAUAUAGUUUAGUAAUGUAAUAUCAAUAUCCUAAUUAAUAGAACAACAGAUUACUAUUGACAGUUAAGAGGAAGUAUUCAUAUACGACUAAACCUUGGAGAAGGAAGUGAAGGUUCCAAAGUUGAGAUAACCAAGUAUAUAUUUAUUUAAAUAUGAAAGUAUUCAAUUCUCUUGUUUAACGAAGAAAGUUGUAGAGAUUCUAAGGUAAUGUUAAGUUAUAAGAUAAUUGA